UCAAAUUAAACUGUCUUUUGCAUUAAUAAACAUAGCAGAUUGUUCAAUUUUUAGAGUAAAACAAAAAGAAAACCAUAAAAAAAGGCUAAUGUGAGAAAGAAAAAGCAUUCUGCUCUGAAACAAUGUCGUGUGUUAAUACUUUAUAUUCUCCGUUUACUAGUGGAAAGAAGCAUAGAGAGCCGCCUAGUCAGUCAUAUUUGAUGUGUUUAUAAUCAAAAUUUUGUGAAAAAAACUUAAAAACUAUUAAAUUUAAUUGAAAAAAUUCUUUAAUACUUAUUGCAACAUUUACUGGUUAAAAUAAAAUUGUGAAAGCGCUAAAUUUCAUUUGCGCUCCAUAAAUGAACUCGAUAAUUUUAAUAUCCGAUUCUUCUGACGAGGAUGAGGUGCCAGCAAAAAAAUUGUCCCAAAAUGUUGAAGUUACACCAGCUAAACGUGCACAAAAUCCUUUGGCUCCAAUUACCAGAACAAUACCUAGUGCCAUAACAGUGACUCGCCAUUCACCAAUAAUAAAAUCAGAGAACGUCAAAAGUAUUGUAGUAACUGACAAGUCAAAUUUGUCUAAAAUGUAUACUGUUGCAACAAUGGCAUCACCUGGACGUCAGCAAUUGGAUGACAUUUAUGGCCCUCAAAAAAAGCUACCACAGCUGUCAAAUUUAUCAACACCGUCGAUGCAUGCUCGUAAGAGAAAAAUUUCUACACCAACGUAUCGUAAGUCCGCCGUAUCACCGAAUGAUCCUCAGAUAUCAAAUAAUUCUCAACCAUUACCAAUCAUUACUUCGGUGCAUUCAAUGACUGCAAGUGACACACCGCCACGAAAACUACUAGCAACUCCUCCACACACAGCUGGAUCUUUAAGUGAUCCUAUAGCAAUUACUAAACCGCAUUUAUCACCACCAAAUACAACCACGUUACAGAUUAAUUUUCAGCAGCAAAAUAAUUUUGAUAGCAAUAUUAAAAAUAAUGAUAAUAAAUCUAAUUGUAAUACAAAAGCAAUAAAUAUAAAAACAAGCAAACCUGUGAUAAUUCAAGACAAAACUAUUCGUCGUAUUAAGCCAAUUACAUUACUUCAAAAUACUGAUGAUGCAUGGUUGAAACGUCACUGUACAGAUAUUUCUAAUGUAAAUGCUUGCGCUGAAGAAUUGAUAAUACCUGAUGAAGUAGAACAGUACAAAUCCAAUCAAGUUGACCAUAUACGUAAAGAUAAUUUGACAUGUACACAAAUUAACAAAAGAAAAGGACCCACUAUUCCACAGGUUGAUCUCACUAUGAGAGGUAUUAACUUAACUAAUCUUCAAGGUAGUAUUUGUGUUGAUGAUUCUCCUCAAGGAAAACGAAUGAAAAAAGAACACCUAACUGAUAAAAUGACAAACUUUAAUAUAUCUAAGACUCCUCAAAUAGUAUCAAAAGCAACUACCGGUGUACCAAUGACUUUAUUAACAGUUGACCAAAAAAAAGCAUUAGCAGCAGCAGAAAUAAUCGAUAGUAGAUUAUUACCACUGACAUCUAAUCAAAUAUCAUCAAAUAAAGCAGCAAUAGAGUCUGCGUUAACCAAAGUAAACGCUGCAACAACCAAAGGAGGUUCAGUAUCAACUAGAGGAGGCUCUGUAUCUACCAGAGUAGAUUCUGCAUUAACCAAAAUUGAUUCUGCAUCAAGCAAAGUGAGUUUUACAUCUGCUAAAGUAGAUUCUGCAACAACCAAAGUAGACUCGGCAUCAACCAGAGUAGAUUCUGCAUCAACCAGUAUAGACUCUGUAACAACAUCUGCGGAAUUACCAAGUGGAAAUUACCAAGUAUCGCCAAAAUCGACGGAGGUGUUACAAAAUACUGAAACUUCAGCAUGUUUAGAGCCACUUGUACCAGAAUUCGAAGAGCUCCUUCAGGCUUGUCGCAUCGCAGAUCCUACUUCUGAUAUGGAGAAACUUAUUAACACAAAGCUUAUAAAAUAUUAUUAUGCUGUUCAUCCAGAUUUCGUAAAGUCUCGCGGAUUCCGCAAAACCAUUCGUACAACAAUUGAACGUAUACGAGAAAAGCCCGAAUUCGUAUAUUACAAUUUGAAACCAAUUAUAGAUGAACUAAAAGUACGUCGUAAGAGCAAUUUAGUUAUUGUUAAUAAUGAGGAAACCUCUGGUUCUACUGGAAACAAAAUAGUCGAUAGACAAAUUAAGAAGCUCAAUAAAGCGUUGUAUAAAACCACGAAGCUUAUAAACACUUUAGAAGAAUCCGAAGUCGAUUUCGAUGAUGAAGAUUCAACAUAUUUACAAGUGGAGCGGUAUAAAAAAAGAGCCUGCAUGAUUUACGAGAAAAUAUGUGAUUUAACGGGAGAAAGCAAAAAUGCUAACCGACUCGUAAAGAGACCCCUUCAUUUCCAGGGCACCAUUUAUCCAAUAUUUAAUAAAACGAUACAAGCGUAUGUGAAUAAAAGCAAAGGAUUUCCAGAUUAUUGGGACAUUUUACGUGUGCUGGAACAUUGUAAUACGAAACAUGGAUUUGGAUUGACAAUGUUUGAAAUGAAACCCAUAGCACAAGAAGCCUUUAUGAAAAUCGGUAAAAUGUUACAAAGAAGACGUAAAAGUGAUCUCUAUGAAACUGUGACGCAUUAUACGGCUAAUCUAGAGGAUCCCGCAAACUGGGAUCCUGUGCUAAGUGCAAAACUUUCAGAAAAUCAAAAGCAUUACAAAAGCAUAGGCGAUAUAUUAGAGAAAUAUGCAUCUAAACAGGAUGAAAUGUUGGAAUUAAGAAAAAAAUCUCGCCUGAAAUCAAGUGUAAACAACGAUAAUGAUGAAAGUGAUCUCAGUAACCCAACUGAUGUAGAAUCAGAAAGUGAAGACGACGAAGAUGAAGAGGAAGAUGCCAAAGUGUUAGAGGAGCAUGUAGAUGAUUUAGCUAAUAGCGAUAUUUCUGACGCCGAGUCCGACUGUGAUGAUCAUAAAAAGACAGAAAAAGAAAACAACUUAGCCAUACCCGAAAAAAUUACUGACUCUAAAACAAUGUCUUUGAGUUCAAACGUGAUAAAACAAACAGUGGAAUCACAAACGGAUAUUAUUAAAAAAUAUGAUAAAAUCAAUGCCAAUAUACCGAGAUCGAAGACUGUCAAUUUACCUUUGAAUGGUGUUAGUGAUAAUCGCAGAGCAUUGGAAACGAAACAAAUUCCAAAUGACAAUGAUUUGUCACAAAUUCUUUUACUUAAGUCCCCUGUCGCAAAGGCAAACAAUGCAACAAAACCAAACACCGUCUCCAGCCUUUGUGAAGAAAUUUGUGAUAAUAAUUCUAGUAAUAAACCAACAAUUGUUGAGAAAGUAGCAACAACAAUAUCUGCACAAACUUUGCGACCCGUUUCGGAAAUAAUUAUAUCAGAUGAAGAAGCAUAGCUUUUAAUAUAUUUUAUAUGUAAACAAAUUGUAAACGGAGCAGAACAAUAACAAACUGGCGCUUAAAAUUUUAAUAAAUCUGUAUCUGCCCGAAAAGAUAACAGCGUUUAUGCGUAUCUGCGUUUUUUCGCUUUUUCUUGUUUGCACUUUUUAGUGCAGAGAAUUCCAACCGGUAACACGUUUAACACAUUUAUAAAAGUACAAUGUAAGUCCCUAAAAAUGUUUUAGUUUAAUAAAAAGUUUUAGCAAAUCGCACCUAUGCCUUUAACGCUGUUAUCUGUUUAGGCAUUAUGCCACGUGCAUAUGUUGCUACAGUCAUUGCUCUUUAAGUUGUCAUCUGCACGGGACAUUAUACCAGUAUUUAUUAAAUAUGUUUUUUGUUAUUGAUCUGAGACAGGGGGAUAUAUGACUGCGAUCUUAACAUUUAUUAUUUCUAUU